AUGUGCGUGGCAAUGCGUUUUUGGGUUCGGAAAACAAGAAAGGUCAAACUUGGAGGUGACGAUUGGACAAUUCUUUUAGGAUUGAUUUUUGGAUACCAUACGAAGCAGGACCCCGGGACUGGAGAGAUCAUUAUUACUUGGAAAGAACCUCUCCAAGUGGAAUUUACCACCAUUAUAUUGCUCGUACAUACCGUCACCCUGGGCCUCAUAAAAUUCAGCGUAGUUCUUUUGUACCGGCGGAUUUUUGCAGCCAAUAGGGCAUUUAAUAUCUGGUCUACGAUAUUGUGUGUGGUAAUAGUCUUAUGGACCAUUGCUUUCUUCUUCGCCGCUCUCUUUCAAUGUGGUACACAUUUUUCGGCUUUCUGGUCCAGCGACGCAGCUAUAGCUCAAUAUUGCGACAUGGAACCAUGGGCAACAACGACUUUCUGUAUCACAGAUGUUUUGACCGACUUCUUGAUUCUUGCAACUCCGGUGCCCAUCGUCUGGAAUUUACAAAUGUCGCUCAGUGCAAGACUUGCAUUAUGUUUAGUCUUCGCCCUUGGUAUCUUGUCUACAAUUUCUGGGACAAUUCGAGCUGUUCUUACAGGCAUAUUUGAACUUGGUACCGAAGAAGGUUUCCGAGAUCUCCUUGCGGCAAACACUAUCAUUGUAGUCUGGUGCAUUGUAGAAUCAAGUUCUGCAAUCAUCGGAGCAUGCCUUCCUACAGCUCGUCCAUUAUUUCAAGGCAAAAGCGCCGAAAGUAUUCUGCGUUCUGUCCAAUCUAUCUUUUCAUUGCGGUCAAACUCCCAAAACUCUUCGACGAAUAGAUCGGUAAGGAACCAGGGACAUAAUCUGGACGAUGAAAUCGCGCUCAGAGCUACAAGUAAAACCUCACAAAACUCUGUGGCAAUCUCAGCCGUUUAA